AGUGACAUGUUACUCACUGAUCAUAUGUCCUGAUGGAAUACAAGAGCAUUGUGGGGAUAAACAUCUUAUGUGUUUAUUAUCUAUAAAACAUGUGAUUUAAGAAACCGUGUCAGUAGGCUACUUAGUAUACUGAUAUAUUGUAACAGGCUUCGGACAUUGUCUUUCCCAUCCAGCCCAGAUGAUGACAGUACAGGUGCAUCCAAGAGGUGAAAAAAAAACCAGCUUCUAUUUCCAGGCCAUCAGAUUGUUAAUUAGUGACUACACUGCACCUUACAGACAGACUGCUUCCUAACACUGGUCACUUUAAUCAUAUUUACAUACUGUUUUACACACUUCAUAUGUAUAUACUGUAUUUUGUAUUUUAGCCAAUGCUAAUGCUAUAUUACUACUGCUAUACACACCUUAUAUAUUAAUAUACUGUCUAUACACACCUCAACAUAUAUACAUUGACAUUCCUGACUUGGACCAUGGCUCGUUCUCAUAUUUCUUAAUUUCCACAUGUUUUAUUUUUGGGGGAUUUUGUGUUUGGUAUUGUUUGGUAUUACUGCACGAAUUAGAAACAUAAGCAUGUCACUGCAUCUGCGAUAACAGCUGCAAAAGAUGUGCACGCCACCAAUACAAUUGGAUUUGAUUUACUAAGGCGCACCAAGAAGACGACGUAAACCAAACACGGAAGUAGUAAUGCAGAUAGCUGAUGUUAACUAACCAGUUUAUUUAUCGCACUUCAAAGCAUUGUAGCUAGUUCCAUACAGCUAAUAUCACCAGAUAUAACUUAUGAUAGGGUUAUGGUAACGUUAAUUAUUAUUCACUGGCUGGACUAGUUAAAGUAUAGAACUAUGCAACGCAGGAUUUCCGCCUCUGCCAGUUUAGGAGCUACAAUACUAGCCAGUUGUAGCAGCGCGUUAUCGUUAUAUAACAUUUCUCCCUCACAGUACAGCAAGAGACUGGAAUAACUCUGGCACAACAACAUAUUCUUUGAGAUAUUUGAAGCCCAUUCACAAUGCAUGAGUUGGAUGAACGCCAACCGUCAAAAUGGCGGAGUCCUGGCUGUAACCAUGGUGACCAGAGCAGCAGACUCCAGGGUCUCGAGACGGUCCAUAGAUUUAACAUUGUAUUCAAAGAGGAGCCAGAAGGUGAUGAUCAUGCACCUUGUGGUCAGAGUAAUACUGGAAUGAGUCCUGCCUCCAGCCACGGCAGUGAGGAGACUACCUCUACAUCAGGAGAACCUGAGCAACACCAGGAGAAUCACGACACAGCCACGCCGUCUCACCAGGAGACUCAUCAGACAGCCACGCCGUCUCACCAGGAGACUCAUCAGACAGCCACGCCGUCUCACCGGGGACUCAUCAGACAGCCAUGCUCUCACCACCUGGAGACUCAGCUACAGCCACGCGUCUCAGGAGACUCAUCAGACAGCCACGUCUCAUUUGACUCAUCAGAAACGCCGUCUCCACCAUUUUCCCCCAUCAGGAAUGACAGUCCUCACCUCCAGCUCACAGGCAGUGAGGAGACUCAUCAGACAGAAAAAUCUCAUCAGGAGAACCUCAGAGCAACACCAGAGACAGCCACGUCGUCUCACCAGGAGACUCAUCAGACAGCCACGUCGUCUCACCAGGAGACUCAUCAGACAGCCACGUCGUCUCACCAGGAGACUCAUCAGACAGCCACGACUCAUCAGACGUCUCACCUGGAGACUCAUCAGACAGCCACGCCGUCUCACCAGGAGACUCAUCAGACAGCCACGCCGUCUCACCAGGAGACUCAUCAGACAGCCACGUCGUCUCACCAGGAGACUCAUCAGACAGCCACGUCGUCUCACCUGGAGACUCAUCAGACAGCCACGCCGUCUCACCUGGAGACUCAUCAGACAGCCACGCCGUCUCACCAGGAGACUCAUCAGACAGCCACGUCGUCUCACCAGGAGACUCAUCAGACAGCCACGCCGUCUCACCAGGAGACUCAUCAGACAGCCACGCCGUCUCACCAGGAGACUCAUCAGACAGCCACGCCGUCUCACCUGGAGACUCAUCAGACAGCCACGCCGUCUCACCUGGAGACUCAUCAGACAGCCACGUCGUCUCACCGGGAGACUCAUCAGACAGCCACGCCGUCUCACCAGGAGACUCAUCAGACAGCCACGCCGUCUCACCGGGAGACUCAUCAGACAGCCACGCCGUCUCACCGGGAGACUCAUCAGACAGCCACGCCGUCUCACCGGGAGACUCAUCAGACAGCCACGCCGUCUCACCAGGAGACUCAUCAGACAGCCACGCCGUCUCACCAGGAGACUCAUCAGACAGCCACGCCGUCUCACCAGGAGACUCAUCAGACAGCCACGCCGUCUCACCUGGAGACUCAUCAGACAGCCACGCCGUCUCACCAGGAGACUCAUCAGACAGCCACGCCGUCUCACCUGGAGACUCAUCAGACAGCCACGUCGUCUCACCACUGCUGCUGUGCCUGUGGACAGGAGUUCCCUGGUGCCUAUGACCUCAUGCUACACCAGAGGACUCACUAUAUAAGGAACAGGGUUCCAUGUGGGACACAUACCAUGACUGCACACCUGCAAACAUCCGCUGUAAAGAGAGAGCGUGGUCACACUGAGGAGGAGGAGGAAGGAGAGGAAGUUGGUGGAUUUAUUAAACGUGAAGAAGCAGCUACUUGGGAUCCUCCUCAACUCGGAAUACCUGGACAACACCGGACGAAUCCCAAAGCUAAGAAGUCUCACGACUGUGUAGUGUGUGGAAAACAACUAUGGGAAGCAAUGAAGCUGAAGAGGCACAUGAGGACACACACAGGAGAGAAACCUCACGACUGCUCUGUGUGCGGCAGAGGAUUCACACAGAAAGGAAAUCUGAAAACACACAUGAAAACACACAGAGGGCUGAACCCCAAAUUGUGGUCCGCUGGAGAGGCCAGUCCCUCGACAUCAGGAGAACCUGAACAACACCAGAAGAACCACACAGCUAAGACAUUUCAGAAUUGCAUAGAAUGUGGGGAGAUGUGCCAAACUCUACCAGCACUAAAAAAACACAUGAAAACUCACACCAGUAAGAAGCCGUCUUACCAAUGCUCCCUUUGCGGGGCGGAAUUCACUGAGAAAGGGCAAAUCCAAGAGCACCAGUUACAGCAUGUUGGAGAGAAGCCGUACUCCUGCCCUGACUGUGGGAAAUGUUUCGUCAAUGAAAGCUACAUUAAAAUUCACCAGCGAACCCACACUGGAGAGAGACCCUACAGCUGCCUUGUGUGUGGAAAUAGUUUUGUGAAAAAAGCAUACUUAAAAAGUCAUGUACUGACACACACUGGAGAGAAGCCGUACCUUUGCUCCAUCUGUGGGAAGACAUACAGUCGAGAAGGAACUUUCAAAAUCCACCAGAGAGUUCACACGGGAGAGAAACCGUACCUGUGCACUGAAUGUGGGAAGCGUUUCAGCUGUAGAGCGAACCUUUAUUCACACAACAAGAGACACGCUGGCAAACCCAUAGGACCUAAACGUCAGUUAGGCAGACCGAAGCAACUGACAAACUGACAGGACAAAUGAACUUGUGUCGCGUCUCUCCUGAUCACCAACAAAAUAGUUAUGUUCCAUCUUGAUUAUGCAUUUCUCAUAAACGGACAUAAAACAAUACAAUAUUAAGUAUCUGUGGAUGUCUGAAAGACUGAAGAUUUGUCAGCACCUGGACCUAAACGGCAGUUAGACAGACCCAAGCAGCUGCCAAACUGACAAUGGGACAGGACAAAUGAAGAUAUCUCAGCACCUGGACCUAAACAGCAGCUAGGCAGACCCAAGAAACUACCAUGGGGGAAACA